AUGGUCCACUCACAACUUCCAGCCGCUAUGACAAAAUUUGUAAAGCCAGCUGGCUUGUUCAGAGACUGGAAUGUGACAUACCAAUUUAUUCUUGAAGGUAACAGUAGUUUCUACCGGGGUAUCUCUUAUUGGAUUUUUGGAAAUCAAGAAAACUAUCCUGAUAUAAAGAGAGCAUGCUUGAAUCAGUUGAUGGCAAAUUGUGAAAAGUACUGGGAUCGUACGAGUGGAUUGCAAUGGGAAGAGUUUAUUUUUCUGACCAAUGAAGAACAAAUCCAGAUUACUAGAGCACACAUGGAAGCUGUUUCUCAAGAACUCGAGCUAGGGUUCCGACUUGAUGGUCUUGUUGCACUAGCCGAGGGGUGGAAUAUAGCAUUUGACUAUAUAGUUCAAGAUGAGAACAAUGUGUGGAGGGCAGUAGCAGCUUGGCAUCACAACGAUCAGGAAAAGUGGAAUGACAUCAAGGCAAUAAUCGCGUUGAUCUGA